UGCCUGAAAUUUAUAUUGUAUGUCUUACCUUUAUUACAGCAUUACUUGCGGCGUGUGCGAAUGAUGACGACUGUACCGCUAACGAGGCUAACUCAGUAUGUGAUCUGGUAACAGACACGGAUGGUAUGGCAGAUGGUGAAUGUGUAUGUGCAGCUGCAUUCAAGGGUGAUGGAGGCACUGGCUGUACUGCAAAAGUUUUGAAUGAUGCAUGUGGAGCAACUUCCGAAUGUGCAGCCGUCACGAAUGCAGUUUGUAACACGAACUGUGUGUGUGAGGGACAAUACAAAACGUCAGGAGCUACUUGUGUUGCUAAAGUUUUGAAUGAUGCAUGUGGAGCAACUUCCGAAUGUGCAGCCGUCACGAAUGCAGUUUGUAACACGAACUGUGUGUGUGAGGGACAAUACAAAACGUCAGGAGCUACUUGUGUUGCUAAAGUUUUGAGUGAUGCAUGUGGAGCAACUUCCGAAUGUGCAGGCGUCACGAAUGCAGUUUGUAACACGAACUGUGUCUGCGAGGGGCAAUAUAAAACAUCAGGAUCUACUUGUGUUGCUAAAGGUCUUGGAGACACGUGUGGCGCUAAUUCGGACUGUUCCGGUGUUAGUAACUCUGAAUGUAGUACAAAUUGUGUGUGUAGCUCAGGUUAUACACAGAGCGGUUCUACUUGUAGCACUGGAAGUCGUGGUAUGUCGAAUUUACCAUUAUCGGUAUCAUUAUUUGUUAGUGCGUUUGCUAUUACCAUUUUCAAGAAAAUGUGUUAGACAUGUGGUGACAAUUCGCUGAGACAUAUAAUUAUAAGAGGACAAGACAAGUCGUGUAGGAUUGCUUAUCAAUGAUAACUUCACAGUUUAAGAUAAGACACACCUUGCACGGGAAACAGAUGAUGACGACUAUCUUGAAAGUGUAGGAUUGAUUAUCAAUGAUAACUUUACAGUUGUAGAUAACAAUACAUCUUACACGGGAAACUAGUGAUAGUGACUAUCUGUCGUGUAGGAUUAAUUAUCAAUGAUAACUUUAAAGUUUAAGAUAAAACACAUCUUGCACGGGGAACAGAUGAUGGCGUUUGUCUGGAACAUGUAGGACUGAUUAUCAAUGAUAACUUUAAAGUUUAUGAUAAAACACAUCUUGCACGUGAAACAGAUGAUAGCGUCUGUCUGGAACAUGUAGGACUGAUUAUCAAUGAUAACUUUAAAGUUUAUGAUAAAACACAUCUUGCACGUGAAACAGAUGAUAGCGUCUGUCUGGAACGUGUAGGACUGAUUAUCAAUGAUAACUUUAAAGUUUAAGAUAAAACAUAUCUUGCACGUGAAACAGAUAAUGACAUUUAUCUGUUGAACAAACUAUGACUAGAAUGAUUAUUAAAUUAUGUUACAAUAAUCGACGACUUACUGGUUAUCCACAGUGCUUUCUUGUUGACAGCAAUUGUCACUUUGACUUGGGGUUUAAAAUAUCAUCUACUUGUUUGGAAUGAUGGUGCAGAUGUCUGACUAUCUAUCCACUAUUUUAUAUGUCUAUGACGCGAAAUUUGUUAUUAUUCAUAACUUUCAUUUACAUGUUCAUUUUGCUUUAUAUCUUUGUAAAACAUGUUAAAUAUUCCAUUUUUUAUCAAUUAUUCAUAUUGAUAUGUCUUUUAACAUAACCUUUUAUCAUUACAUGUAUUAUAUCAUUGAAAGUAAUCUAUUGAAAUACGUCAUUUAACUUAAUCCUUUUUACAUAGCAUUAAACUUGAUAUAAUUUAAAAAAAGAUACAAAUGCAGCUUAAUCACAAUUUUCUUGAACUUCUGAUAGCUUGUUUCUAUAACUUACUAUAUUAUCAUGACAUAACGCUUUCUGUUAUGUCAUGUAAUACAUUUGUUGAUGUUACCAGACCUAUUAAUCACGCCACUUUGUUGCGUGAAAAAUUAUCAACAGAAACAAAAAAAUCAACAUUAUCACGUAGACUGCAUGUAUGUACACAUUCAAAUCACGCAUAUUUUGCAAUACCUGAUUAAAAUACUGCAAUAAACUGAAUAAAAUUUUGUUUAUCAUGAUUUCCAGGAAUAAAAGGAGUUAAAAACUG